GUCUGCUGUCUGCCACGGCAGGCAAAGGUUAAUGAACACGUGAAUGCGCUCAGUCUCUGCACGCACACGCACACACAUAUGGACAGACACAUCAUGCGAUGGAUGCAGAGUCACGCUGUGGAUGGGCACACACAGAGAGGGAGGGGGAAAUCCUAUACGUAUGCACACCAGAGAGAGAGAGAGAGAGGGACAGCAGAAGAAAGAGAGCCAUCCAUCCAUCCAUGUGCUUACGCCAUUGCAGAGGCAAGCUGACGGACAGCCACCUCCCCUCAAUCCAUCCAUCCACGCCAUACAUACACACGCAUAUGCAGCCUCCCCUUCCCCCUUCCCCCUCCCCGGGCACCUUCUCUCUCUCCCACUCAGUGAUUUAUUCAUUUUCUACUUACUUCAGACGCCGUAUUGUCCGCCGCCGUCGUGUCUGUUGGUGUCUCUGGUAGCCCUGAGCCCCAUGGCGGCGAGCCCGCCGAGCACCACACAGAUGAAGAGGAACACGAAGAUGCCGGCCACCAGGAACCCCAUGCCGUUCUUGUACUGCUCGUCCUGCGUCGUGUUGGGGUUCUUGACCCACUUGACCAGCACGGGCUCGCUGGCGCUCGUGAGGCCCCAGUAGGCCUCGGCUUUGUGAAUCGCCUUCUUGUAGCUCUUUGUCAUCCUCACCGUCACACCACCACGAGCGCUGCCGCUCUUGGCCGCGUCGCCGCACCGGAAGCCGCCCGUCUUGCCGCAGCAGUUGGUGCCGACGGCCCAGAACUGGACCAUGGCCGUGGACUGUGUGGGGUCGCUGUUUGUGUCCUGGAUGGGCGCCACGCAGAACAUGGUGCCCUGCUUGAAGCCCACCGACUGGUCCGUGUUGACGAUCGUGCCGCUUGUGAAGAAUAUCUUGCCCGCAUCGCCGUACUUGGCCGCGCUGUCGGUGGCGAUGACGUUGGCGUAGGCCUGGUUCUCCUGGUAGGCCCAGUACUUGGCGAUGUACCGAUUGUAGUUGAUGGUGCCGCUCCAGACGCCCACCAACACAGCCACGACCAUCAUGAACGACAGCACCAGGUUGAGGGAGGGGUGGGAGCGGCCCGGGCUGACGCGGCCAGAGAGGCCAAUGCCUAUCGCGGCCACCAGCCCGAAGAAGCUCGUGGCCCAGACGGCGAGGGGCGAGUCGUGGUAGGCGAAGGCGAAGAGGAGGGCGAUGAUCGUGUAGAGCAGCCACGGCACCACAAUCAGGCACGCCACCGCCUUGAAGCCGAAAGUUGACGCCUUGAAGCCCAUCGGGAAGCGGUUGCGACGCUUGCGGCCUGCCUGCGACGAGGGAGGGGUGGGCAGGGGCUGCGCACCGGUGAGGAAAGGGUCGUUCUCCUGUGACCAAAGCAUCCAUCCAUCCAUCCAUCCGUUCACACAUGCGUGAUGCAUCCUUCAUCGUGUGUGUGCACGGCUGAUUGUGACGUUCGCACCAUGGCGCUGGCGAUUAGAGCGGUGGUUGAGAGAGGAGGAGGUGCACGGUCACGAGAGGGACGCAGGGGGGAAGGGGAGAGCCUGAUGCAUCAACGAGGAAGCGAUCGGUAGCCGUGUCGUUGCAAAGCGAUACGACAAUGAUGGAGGAAGGUCUGCGUAGCUUGGGCAGAUGGUCGCUAUCUACCUUUCAG